GGCAUGGCACGGGAGUCGGGGGCCGAGGGCGUGCGCCGGGUGCUGGGCGGCCGGCUAGAGGCGGUGCUGGCGAGCCGCGGCGAGGCCAACGCCGUAUUCGACAUCCUGGCCGUGCUGCAGUCCAAGGACCAGGAGGAGAUCCAGGAAGCAGUCCACACGUGCAGCCGUCUUUUUGGAGCCUUGCUGGAGCGGGGAGAGCUCUUUGUGGGCCAGCUGCCCUCUGAGGAUAUGGUCAUGGCCGGGUCCCGGGGAGCCAUGCGCAAGUACAGAGUGUGGAUGAGACAUCGCUAUCACGGCUGCUGCAACCGCCUGGGGGAGCUCCUUAUCCACCCCUCCUUUCAGGUCAAGGAGCUGGCCCUUAGCACGCUCAUGAAGUUUGUGCAGCUGGAAGGAAUGCACCCUCUGGAGAAGCCCAAGUGGGAAGGCAACUACCUGUUCCCCCGUGAGCUCUUCAAGCUGGUGGUGGGAGGCCUGCUGUCGUCUGAGGAGGACCACAGCCUGCUCCUCUCCCAGUUCCGGGAGUACCUGGAAUAUGACGACAUCCGGUACCACACAAUGCAGAUGGCUGUGGACAUCGUGGCCCGGGUCACCAGCCAGCACCCCAAAGUACCCCUCACCUUCUGGAACAAUGCCUUCAUGCUUCUGUCUGCCGUGAGCCUGCCCUGCCAGGAGCCUGACAGCUCCCACUUCUAUGUGAAGCGCACAGAGCUGUCAGACAAGUGGAAGGUCACUCAUCUGAAGGAGCACAGGAGAAUGUUCCAGGCCAUGUGGCUCAGCUUCCUCAGGCACAAGCUACCCCUUGGCCUGUACAAGAAGGUGCUUGUGAUCAUGCACGAGUCCAUCCUACCGCACCUGGCCCAGCCCACCCUUAUGAUCGACUUCCUCACCAGUGCCUAUGAUGUGGGCGGCGCCGUCAGCCUCUUAGCAUUGAAUGGACUCUUCGUCUUGAUCCAUGAGCACAACCUGGAGUACCCUGACUUCUACCGGAAGCUCUACGGCCUCCUGGACCCAUCCAUCUUCCAUGUCAAGUACCGAGCCCGGUUUUUCCACCUGGCUGACCUCUUCUUGUCAUCUUCCCAUCUCCCUGCCUACCUGGUGGCUGCCUUCGCCAAGCGCCUGUCACGCCUGGCCCUGACAGCGCCCCCCGAGGCCCUGCUCAUGGUCCUGCCCUUCAUCUGCAACCUACUGCGCAGACACCCUGCUUGCCGGGUCCUCACGCACCGCCCGCAAGGCCCUGAGCUGGACGUUGACCCCUACGACCCCGAAGAGGAGGACCCUGCUAAGAGCCGGGCCCUGGAGAGCUCCCUGUGGGAGCUGCGGACCCUCCAGCAGCACUACCACCCUGAGGUGUCCAGAGCUGCCAGUGCCAUCAACCAGGUGCUAUCCAUGCCUGAGGUCAGCAUUGCGCCACUAUUGGAGCUCACUGCAUACGAGAUCUUCGAGUGGGACCUGAAGAAGAAAAAGCCUGAGCCAGUGCCACUGGAGUUCAUCCCAGUCCAGGGCCUGCUAGGCCGGAGGGAGGACCUCUGUUCCCAGUACUUCACGCUCUGCUGACCCCGGCUCCCUUCUACUCCAGCAAAUAUAUGGUUUUCCGGGA